CCUCCUGCUUCGGCCUCUUUGUCCCGCAGCCGCCCCCUCAGGCCCCCCGCACGGCGCCCAGCCCAGGCCUCCUCCAUUGUCUCCCGCUCGCUCUCCCCACGGCGGCGGCGCAGCUCGACCUGACGGGCCCUGGCGGCGGCGGCGGCGGCGGCAACUUCCAACCCCUCCUUCUCCGGAAACCAACCCACAGGCCUCCCGGGCGGCUCCCACUCGCAGCUCCGCCCAAGCGCUUCAGUCAGCAGCCGCUGCCUCCUCCGACGCCUAGGCCCGAAAGCCGGGCCUCGGUGCAAGGGAGAGGCCCGGUGGAGUGGGGUCUCCUCAGUCAGUCAGCCGCCCACCCGGAGGUCCCGGCUGGCGCGAGGAGGGCCCGAGGACGGCCUCCUUUGAGGGCCUCCCCGCUCUGUGCGGGUGAAACGGCUUUCUUGAGGCGAUGGGAAAUGAGGCUCUGCUUAAGGGGAGGGGGAAGGCCUGUUUUUUCUGAGGGGUCUUAAAUAGUGGGGGGCUCCCCUGAUAACUAUAAGGGAGUCUGGUAAGAGUGAAGGGGGGUUCUCUUUCUGGUACAAGAAGGGGGGUCUCCUGGAUAUACAGGGAAAGGCUGUUAUCGAGUUUAGGGGUGCUUUGAUGUAAAAAGGGGGUCCUUAAGCUUCAUGGGGGGCGGGAUCUGCUGAAGGAAUCGGGAGAGGGGGGGCUGUUCUGGACCGCACUGCGCUUGCAAGGGAGUCUGGCUUUUGGUAAGAGCUUCGGAGGGAAAGGCGACCCUUCCUGUCUGUAGAGAAGUCUAGCAGAAAUGUGGAAGGGUUUCUUGGACCCUUGAAGGUGGGGUGCAUGCUUAGAAUUGCAAGGGUGCAAUUAGGGUGCAUGUUUCCAAUUGCAAGGGAGUAGCCUGUGGGGUGGGGGUCCUCAAACUAGAGUUAGGACUCUCCCAGCCAGGGAGCUGGGGUCUGGAGCAUAAGAGGACUGCUGCUCUGCAUAGCGGGACUUUUGAUUGGGGUGUAUACAAGGGCAGACAGAGAGUGGUUCUUGGACCUGUUUUUGGGGCAGGGGUGUCUGUGACCUUUCGAGGGACUGCUCCCCAGGGAACGAAUGUUUCCCUAAACUUCAGUGGGAGUUUCUGCUAGAUUUGGCAGGGAGGGGGCACAGCUAAGAAGGAGUGCCCUGAUCUGUGGGCUGAAUUUUGGUUGAGGAAUUUUGGUUGUGCCUGUUCCUCCGGCGAGGAAGCUAGUGGUGGUGCUGGGGUCAAGGAAGAGGAGGAACUCCUGCUCAGGAAUUCGCCUUGGCACCCAAAUGAUGCCUGCAACAGGAAGCUCCUUGGCUGUGCGGCCAUCCUGGAUAUGGUGAUCUUGCGACCCGUUAGCUCCCUGCAAUGGCCUUGAGGGGACUCUGGCUAAUCAGCCACGAACAAGGGGCAGGUGGCACCAUACUGUUUUCCAGGCGUUACCCCACAGUUGAAAAGCGAGCAAAAUGCCUCAAUGGAGCAAGUUAUGCCCCUGUGCCGGAAGAUAGUUCUUUCCUUAAAGCAUUGCUUUUUGAACUGAGACUGACCGAUGAAGAUCAAAACUUUAUAGAGCGUAGGGAUGGCUGUUCCCAAAUCAACAAGACUUCUGUCUAUGCCCUUCAGGCAGAAAGUGGCGAUCUCUGGCCUGUUGUGGCCUUCCAAAAGAGUGGGUUGAUUUAUGUCAGCCUCCCGUUGGUUGAGCAGCCCGUCACGCCACACCCACCUCUCAUCAGCAUCAGUGGGAUCUCUCAGGCUUUUGCCAUCUUGUCCGGGUUGCUGGCUUUCAUGAACUCCAGUCAGAAGAGCAAAGCAGAGAGGACUGCUAAAAUUGGCCAACUCCCAGGCUUGCUUAUGCAGGCCUGUCCCCUUGGCACCCCACUGGAUAGGAACUUGAAUGGCUUGUCGUUGGAAAACAGUCACGUCGCUCCAAGUAGCCAUGCUCAGAAACCGCCGGCUUGGAGAACCAGCACGUACAAGGGGAAACCUCAAGUUAAUGUCUGUAUCAUUGAAAAAGUAAAGUCUGUGCAGUAUGACAAAAGGGAUGUGGUGGACAUGUGGCAGGUAUAUGGAACUGUAACUUGCAAGUGUGACAUCGAAGGCACUGCUCCUAACGUGACUGUCGGCUUGAACCUCCCUGCCAAUGGCUCUCCUCUCCAAGAUGUUUUGGUCCAUCCUUGUGUUAUGUCCCUUAACUCUGCCGUUCUGACCUCCAGUAGUGUUGACGUAAUGGAUGACUCAGCUUUCAGUGGACCUUACAAAUUCCCUUUAAUACCUCCUCCGGACCUCUUUGAUCUGUGUUUUUAUACUUCCCAGGUACCUGUUCCACCUAUUUUGGGAUUUUAUCAGCUGAAAGAGGAAGAAUUACAGUGGAAGUUCACCAUUCACCUGAAGCUUCAUGAGAGCGUGAAAAACACUUUUGAAUACUGUGAAGCCCGUGUUCCCUUUUUCAACAGGGGACCCAUUACGCACUUGGAAUACAAAGUCAGCUAUGGCCAACUUGAAGUAGCAAAAGAGAAAAGCUUGCUGGUUUGGAUUAUAGGACAAAAAUUUCCCAAGUCGUUAGAAAUUUCCCUUUCCGGGACUGUUGCUUUUGGUGCUGUGAGCCAGGAGCAGCCAGUUGAUCCUGUGUGUACCGGAGGCACUGCCUACAUCAAACUUUAUUUUAGAAUCCUCGAUUUCACGCUUACUGGGUGUUACACGGACCAGCAUUCCAUCCAGGUCUUUUCAUCGGGAAAACCAAAGAUCAGUACAGGCCGCAGCGGCGGUAGAGUGGAAACACGCCGCCCAGCAACGACCAGCCACGGCCCCGACGAGCAGUAAGAGCGGCCGAACCACAGCAAGGAAGAAAGCAGAGUCCAGCAGCGCCGGAACGAAGAGCACAGCAGCAACGACGAUGGAGGAGACAACACAAGACCAUAGCACACAGCAGCGAUAGAAUCAGUCCCAACUAAAACAGCUAGGUUGGUGGGGACUAGAGAGAGGGCAUUUUCAGUGGCGGCCCCCACUCUCUGGAACUCCCUCCCGUACGAUCUUCGGCAUGCCCCUUCCCUGAAUGUUUUCCGCAAAGCCUUGAAGACCUGGCUUUUCAGACAGGCCUUUGGGACUUCCGGGGAGGGUUAAUUUUCAGGACUAACUGCCUAUUACUCUGAACUGUUAUCAUUCCUAUUUAUGGUUUCCUUGUUAUAUUGUAUUUUAUGUGUAUUUUAUUGUGCUGCAUUUACUGCAACUGAUUUGUACGUCGCCUAGAGCGGCCGUUGGCCAGAUAGGCGACACAUAAAUUAAAUUAUCAUUAUCAUUAUUAUUAUUAUUAUAACCAAAAUCAGUAAAUAACUCCUUGUUGUGAGUAACAGAAAAAUGUAGGGAAAUUUGCUUGCAAAAACGUGUCUGUCAAAACUACCUACAAAAAUGUGUUUAUUAGGAGAAGUUUGCACUAAUAUGCUGAAGAAUUUUAAUGAGAGGGUUUUUUAAAAAAUAUUGCAAACUGCAGCAAUGCAGAGAACAGAGUUUAAGACUGGGAAAGCAAGAGAACCCAAAGUUGACAGAUUCAUCCAUCCCUAAGUCAGCAGCAUCUGAGAGUUAAACUUUGAAAAUUAGCCUGAAGGAUGUUGGCAUUCUGUAUGGAAUCCAGUAGACAUCUUUUAUUAUUUUGUUCCAAAAGCUGCUAUAGGAACUUAGGAAGCUGCCUUCUACUGAAUCUAGGUCAGCACUGUCUACACUGACUGGCAGCAGCUCUCCAGGAGUUCAGAGAGGACACUCCCAUCACUACCUAGAGAAGCCGGGGAUUGAACUUGGGACCUUCUGCUUGCAAAAGCAGACACUCUACCACUGAGCUGCGGACGUUCCAUUUCUUGAGAUUGGAGCCUUCCUCAACUUUGCUUUACUGGCUUUGAAAGUGAUUAGCUCAAGUGGCACAGAACGAAAAGGAGUCUAGGAAUGAGCAGAUGAUCCCCAGGGGAAGAAAUCAAGGGUGCACACAAGGAAGCAUAAGACUCCCUGCCGCUUGGCGCCAACCAGACUGAAACGCCUGUUGGGCAGAAAAAGCCCAUUGCUCUCUGUAGCAGACUCCCCUCACUUAUCAGGGCAAAUCCACCCCUGUUCACAUCCCAAGGAGAUCAGCUGGUCAUCCCAGCGCUCCUUUUGAUUCUGUCUAGAAACCUAUCUUUUCAAGACAAUUUCUUUCACGAAACGAGAAAAGGAAGGGAGGGUGGAAGACAAAAGUCUGUUUCCCGUUUGGUAGGUGACCUGUUUAAUGUUUUCUCUGUGUCUGGGAACUCCUUAGUGUAAUUACCGACCUUUGAACUCUGCAACUAAUCCGGAGCUAUUUUGUAUUCCUGACUCAUCUUGAAGGCUGGACCUUUCUUUUCUUCCAAGUCCGCUGCCACAAUUAAAGGAGAAACAGCUGCAUUUCAAAGGGAUUCCAAUUCCAGAAGCUUAAUCGUGAUUGACACGUUCUUAUUCUAAGCUAUAAGAAACUCUAAGAGUCCUUUCUUGGGUUCAAACUUCAAUCAUUUUCUAAAAAAAAAAUCUCAAUAUGGAUUUUAUUCAUUUUCUUUGAUAGCCGUUCUUUGCCUACAUAUAUAUAUAUAUAUAUAUGUAUAUAUACAUAUACACUUUGCAUUGAUGGUGAACAUGAAUUGCUAGCAUGAGGGACCCUCAGGAAUCUCAGACAUCUUCUAGAGACAGAAGUGGGUAAAUUCUGUUAAGUGUCAAGAAAUAUGAUUAGGAAAUCAGACACCUGCUAUAUAGCCUCGCAUGCUUCCAGACAGGCAUUCUUGAAGUUAGACACCAGCAGGGAAGGCUUGUCAUGAACCCAACGAUAAAAGCUGGCAAGAGGAAUUCACAGGUUUAGCACUUUAGGAAUGGAUAAUCUGUUAUUCCAGUUUUAGCAUAGCUUUCAGUUCCCUAAUCCAAAGAGCAUUGGUUUUGCACAGAUACAAAUUAUUUAUUGUUUUUCUCCAAAUCUAUGAAUGCCUGCUUAGCAAAAUACUGAAGGCUGAAGAAGGAGCUUUUUAAAAUAAUGCCGACAACCGUUCCUGGAAUCAGAAAACCUUUUAUUUGAAGGAGGGCCUCUUCAGAUAAUGCCUUGGAAGUUGCCUAGGGAGGCUUUUCUGGCAGUGCCAUCAUUGACUGAGAUCAGGGGAUUUACAGCAGAGACAGACAACAUGGUGCCCUCCAGGUGUUGCUGGACUACAGCUCACAUCAGCCCCAGCCAGCAUGGCCAAUGGUCAGAGAUGAUGGGAGUUGUAGUCCAUUAGCAUCAGGAGGGCACCACAUUGGCUAUCCCUUGCUUGCCUGAGAGCCACUCUGCCAAUACCUCAGUUGUCAAACACUUUUCCUACCAAGCUUCAACCAGCAUGGAUUUUGCCUAUCUUUGGUGCCAGCCAGAAAAAAAAUAUCAUCCUGAAUUGGUUGUGUCUUCGAUGUAUAUGUACACUGACAAUAAUAUUUAAUAGACGGAUUGGAGAUUGUGAUUUUAAUUGCAUUUUAUUUUCUGUGUUCAUGAUGUUGUAUUUUAAACUGCUUUCACCUGUCCCAAGAUCACUUUUGGAGAGUGGUGGGAUAUAAAUUAGGGAUAGCUAAUGUAAUGCUGGGCUACAGCUGCCAUCAUCCCUGACCAUUGGCCAUGCUGGCUGGGGCU